AUGAAACGAAAUAUUGUAUAUUUGGAUGAAACAUGGUACGAUACCCAUGACACCGUAAAAAAAGGCUGGAAAAACAAUAAUAAAAAAUGUUCAGUUGCAUUACCAUCCAAUAAAGGUAAAAGAAUAAUUAUUUUACACUGCGGCGGAGAAAAUGGAUGGAUCGAGGACGCACUACUGGUAUCUGCCAAAAAUAUUAAAGAUGCGUCAUUGGACUACCACGAUGAUAUGGACAGUGCCCUUUUUGAAUCUUGGUUUGAAAAUACUCUUAUCCCCAAAUUGUCCAAAAACAGCGUAAUUGUCAUGGACAAUGCUUCAUACCAUUCAAGAUUAAUAAAAAAGGUACCGAAUAAAUUCCAAAUCCAAAACUUUCUCUAUGAAGAAGACUUAUAUUUUGAAGAGACGUAUACGAAAAAGCAGUUAUUAGAGGUUAGUCAAAGUAAACAAUUUCAAAAGAAAUAUGCUGUUGAUGAUUGUGCUCUGAAUAAUGGACAUACCGUCCUUAGACUGCCUCCUUAUUUUUGUGUAUUAAAUCCGAUAGAAUUAAUAUGGGCGCAAUUAAAAGGAAAUAUAAGAAGAAAAAAUGUGGCUCCUAAAUUUUCAUCAUCGGUUCUCCAAUUAAUUGCAGAAGAAGUAAAAAACAUUACAGCGACAAGUUGGAAAAAUGUCAUUAAACACGUAAUGGGGGUGGAAAACGAAUAUGCUAAAUAUUUGCCAACAUUAACAAAUUUAAUUAUUAUAACUUUAGACAAUAGCAGUGAUGAUAGUGAUAUAAUGUGCGACAGUGAUUCUGAAUAA